AACGGAAUGAUUGGACUACUAGAAGGCGGUGAUUACGCCGCAAUUGUUGGCUAUUUCGUUUUGGUCUUAGCUGUUGGAGUAUGGUCGACAUGUCGCCCAAACAGAGGUAGUGCCGCUGGGUAUUUUUUGGCGGGAAAAAACAUGCACUGGUUUCCGGUCGGUGCCUCAAUCUUUGCCAGCAACAUUGGAGCUCCGAUGUUCAUUGGUCUAGCCGGGACGGCGGCGGCUUCCGGUUUCUCUUGUGCUAUUUAUGAGUGGCAUGCUGUCUACCUGUUGAUAGCGUUAGGAUGGGUCUUUGUUCCUGUCUACGUCUCCAGUGGGGCCUUCACAAUGCCGGAGUAUCUAAAGAAACGUUUUGGAGGUGUACGACUUAGAAUCUACCUCUCCGUGUUCGCCUUUGUCUUGUAUGUGCUGAUAAAGAUUUCGUCGGAAAUGUUUUCCGGCGCUAUAUUCAUGCAACAAAUUAUGGGAUGGAACUUGUACGCUUGUGUGGCUAUCAUCCUGUUGAUCACUGGAGUCUACACAGUCGUCGGUGGGUUAACAGCUGUCAUCUACACAGAUACACUACAAGCGGUUAUUUUACUUAUUGGAGCAACCAUCUUAUUCGUUAUAGCGCUGGUUGAUGUGGGAGGUUGGUACCAGUUCAUGGACAAAUACGCUCACGCGGCGUCCAACCUGACGCUGAGUAACCCUGGGAAUUACACGUGCGGACUGCCUAGACAGGAUUACAUGCACAUAUGGCGAGAUGCAGUGACCGGUGACAUCCCGUGGCCUGGGGCUGUGUUUGGACUGACCGUUCUUGGACUGUGGAAUUGGUGCAAUGAUCAGAUCAUGGUCCAACGCUGUCUGUCAGCUAAGAACAUCAGCCACAGUAAAGGGGGUUGUAUUUUUGCUGCAGCACUAAAAAUUUCUCCUUUCUUUCUGUGGAUUGUACCUGGAAUGAUCAGUAGAAUCCUUUUUCCAGACGAGGUAGCCUGUGCCGACCCAGCGACCUGUAAAGCUGUCUGUGGGAAUGAAGCCGGAUGUUCCAAUAUUGCUUAUCCCCUCUUGGUCCUCAGGAAAAUGCCCACAGGACUUAGAGGCAUCAUGUUAGCUGCCCUCCUGGCCGCUAUGAUGAGCACACUGACCUCCAUCUUCAACUCGGCCAGUUCCAUGUUCACAAUGGACAUCUGGACACGGUACCGGAGGAGAGCGUCACAGAAAGAGUUGAUGGUCGUUGGUCGAGUCUGUGUUCUCGUUCUGGUGGCCUUAAGUGUUGUGUGGAUACCUGUCAUCCAAAGUUCUCAAGGGGGACAACUCUGGACUUAUUUACAAACUAUUGCUUCGUGUGUUUCUCCCCCUUUCUGCUGGGUAUUUUUGCUAGCCCUGUUUUGGAAAAGAACUACAGAACAGGGUGCCUUUUGGGGCCUGGUCAUCAGCACGUGUGUGGGUGUUGUCCGGAUGGUCUUGGAGUUUGUCUACCCGGCGCCCCUGUGUGGAAGCUUCCAGCCUGAUACCAGACCCCUGGUGCUGAAGGAAGUCCAUUUUCUUCACUUCGCCAUCAUCUUGUCUGGUGUCUCCAUCAUCAGCACCGUGGGGAUCUCGCUGUUGACCACGCCCAGAACGCCAGAAAAACUUCACCGAGUGACGUGGUGGACACGUAACGACACGACUGACCCUGAGGAUUCGGAAUCUCAAGACAACUCUGGUGAGGAGGACAAGGACAGACCUGAGUCUUACAUACCAGUUGAGCCCAGAAGGCGAAGUUUGAAAGUUUACUUGUACAACUGGAUCUGUGGCAUAGACGACACGCCCAAACCUAAGCUGACGGUGGAGGAGAAACUGAUCAUCAAGAAAAAAAUGAAAGACAUCGGCGAAGACCUUUUCUCACGAAAGAUAACCGCGUUUGUUGCUAUUUGUGUCGCUGCCAUCACGACGUUUUUACUCGGAUUUUUUAACUAACACAAACUGAAACUUUA